AUGGCAGGAACUAAAGGGGCAAUACCAGUGCUACACCUUUUUCUUAUUUUGGCACUACGAUUUUCAAAGGUGUCCCUGAGGUUGGUUGGUUACUUUAGGAGAUUGAUGGACAAACUCCGAACCAAAAAAUUAGUGACUGGAAAAAGGGACAAAGUUUGUCGUUCUAAGACUGAGGGUGGUGUUGGGGUGAUAUUUGUUGUUAAGGAGAAUCAAACUGCUAUGUUGAAGUUAGCUUGGGAGUGUUUUCAUGGUAAUACUGCCUGGGAGUCACUGAUGCUUGGGUUGAUAAUUGACACUCUUUCCUCCAUUGCAUCUAUUGAUGAUUAG